GAACUUUUUGUAGCUUAGUAAAGCUUUUCUACUUUAUCAAGUAAAUUUGUGAUUUUAGUACAUGGAACAUUUCAACUUCACAUUUCAUUCCAAAGGCCAUAAUUUAGGGCAUUGUGGCCUCUCAUUUUUCAGUUGUAUAGGCAAUUGUGCAUGUUCACACGAAUGUGUACACACAGUCUGCUAGUUUUCUGCUUGCAUAUCUGUCUCUGCUCAAUCUUGUGCUCUUUUAGCAGAACUUUAACAUCUGUAUAUUAAUUUCUAUAAUUUUUCGCAACACAGGAGGUUUGUCUCACUUAUCACUUAUACACUUUUAUAAAGAGUAUGGCGUGUAAUUUCUUUCUUUAUGUAUUUGAUUAAAAUCAAUCAAAUACACUUUUUCAAUAAACUAAUGUUUUCAACAUUUAGCAAAAUAAUUUCAAAGGAUUCUGGGUACACUUUAAGUGUGUUGCAAAUGUAUUCAGAGUAUCCAGUUUGCACGUCCUGAUUUUGCCAAGUCCGAUGUGUUCGUUGGUCAACAUAUUUUGUUGACCCUGGAACAACAUUUUACUCCAAAAAUAUAUUCUUAACCAUAUCCCUACACCUAAACCUAACCUUAACCAUGAGUAAUCCCUAAAAUCAGAGGAAAUGAUAGAUGAAUGACACUGAUGUACAAGCACCAAACACUGAUUUUAAGCAUAAACUUCACAAAAUCUAUAAACUGGUUCUUUAAAUCUGAUUGGUUAAUCACAAUGUUGUUCCAGGGUCAACAACGAUGUUGUCCCAGGAACAUGUCUCACUUGGUAAAAUCAAGUUAGGCAUCCAGUUUCAUAACACGAGAGAAAAAAAUAAAUAAAAUAAAUAAAUAAAGGUUUCUCAUGCUUUCUCUAACAUUAACAGUUCGCCUGAAUGUUUUAAUAACUAUUACAGUACUCAAACACAAUACUUAACUGUAUGCUGUUCUGACUUAGCCUACUAUAUUCUGAACUCCUGCGCGUUUGUUGUGCUUCUGUGUUGAUAUAGGUAUAGAUUAUUCAGACUUCUGCAGACUAGCAAAGCUCCUUUGGUGUUAUUCUAAUUUACAAUACGUGUUUUUUUUGUUUUUUUUUUUCGUUUUUUUAGUGGUGUUGUAUGUUUAUGUUCUCCGCAUGGUGUCACUGUAGACCGCUUAACUUUAAUAAUUUCCAUAUCGUCUAAACUCCGCCUACGAUUUCGCUGAGUGACGUGCAAUAACCGAGCGUCACGGUCUGGAUGCUUUUCGUGGCGUGUUUUCGUGAGUCUCAUUCUUCAUUGUGUCUACAGAGUUUGAUGUUCCUUUGAUCACCUUUGUAUUGUUUUAACCACGUUGCCAUCUCAAACGGAAGGAUGGCAAACAGGAAGGACAUAAGGUUCCCACAUACUACUUUCCUCUGGCUCGUGAUAUGUGUUUCAGUGCCAGUGGAUGCACAGAUUGUCUACUCCGUGUCUGAGGAAGUAAAUAUCGGAACUGUCGUCGGAAAUUUGGUGAAGGACAUGAAUUUAAACGUCCAGGAUUUGGAAUCGCGCGCAUUUCAGCUUGUGUUCGGCACGAGGACGAGGUAUUUUGAUGUGAAUCUGAAAUCUGGCGUCUUGUACGUUGCUGAAAGAAUUGACCGCGAGCAACUGUGUCCUAAUACUCCAUCCUGUUCCUUAAAUUUUGAGGCGAUAGUAAACCAUCCUCUCAGUCUGAGUAGAGUGAUAGUUAAUGUUAAUGAUGUGAAUGACAAUUCUCCUGUAUUCCCUGUUGAAACUCAAAUUUUGAAUAUCUCUGAAUCAGUGCAGCCAGGAGCUACAUUUUCCUUGAUCAAUGCAGUGGAUGAAGACGUAGGGACUUUCUCUAUUAAAAGCUACAAACUGAGUUCUAAUGAACAUUUCUCAUUAGAAGUAAACCAGGGUGGUGAACAUGGGAUGGCUGCAGAGCUAAUCCUUCGAAAAGCUUUAGAUAGAGAGAAAGAACCUGUAAUUAGACUAAUAUUGACUUCUUUUGAUGGAGGGAAGCCACCCAGGUCGGGCACAUUGCAAAUAAUUGUCAAUGUUUUAGAUAUUAAUGAUAAUGCUCCAGUGUUUAGCAGUUCUCUUUAUAAAGUCCAUGUGACAGAAAACACACCAAAAGGAACUAAGAUUAUCAAACUCAAUGCCACUGACAUGGAUGAAGGUCCAAAUGGGGAGGUAACAUAUUUAUUUAGCAGUCAUGGUCAGGAAAAAAAUCUUGAUGUAUUUGCAAUCAGCCCUGAUUCAGGGGAGCUCAAGGUAAAAGGAAAUAUAGAUUUUGAGGACAAAGCUUUUUAUGAACUUAGAAUAGAGGCCCAUGAUAAGGGGCUUUCCCCGAUGACGGUUAAUUGUAAAGUACUAAUUGAAGUCAUAGAUGUUAAUGACAAUGCACCAGAAAUAGUAAUAACGUCCCUGCUGUCUUCUUUAAGGGAAGAUGCAAAAACUGGCACUGCUGUGGCUCUGGUCACAGUUUCUGAUAAGGAUGGUGGACUGAAUGGGAAAGUGAGUUGUAAGCUACUGGGAAAUGUACCUUUCAAACUUGAGUCUUCCUACAAUAAUUAUUACUCUGUCGUUUUGGAAGGCCAGCUUGACAGAGAAAACAUCUCAAAGUAUAAUGUAACCCUUGUAGCUGUCGAUGAAGGAACCCCACCACUUUCCAGCAGCACUGUUAUAACUGUACAUAUCUCUGAUGUUAAUGACAAUGCUCCACAUUUCCCCGCGCCCGUUAUUAACGCUUUUCUAAGUGAGAAUGGUCAAGCUGGAGGUCUCGUGACAAAAGUGUCAGCUGAUGAUGCAGACACUGGUGAAAACGCAGAACUUUCAUAUUCACUGUUAGACAGUUCCAGCUCCAGUGUUCCUAUAACAACUCUGAUAAAUAUAAACUCUUUAAGUGGAGAAAUAUUCAGUUUACAGUCAUUUAAUCACGAAGAAACAAAAAGAUUCCAGUUUCAUGUCAUGGCAACAGACUCUGGCGUUCCUCCUCUGAGCAGCAAUGCGACUGUAAAUGUGUUUAUUCUGGAUGAGAAUGACAACAGUCCAGUUAUUUUACCGCCUUAUUCUGAACCUGGAUCAGUUAAUAGUGAGAACAUUCCCUACUCUGCUGAAGCGGGAUACUUUGUAGCCAAGAUCAGAGCUGUUGAUGCUGACUCUGGAUAUAACGCACUUCUGUCUUAUCAUCUAACUGAACCCAAAGGAACGAAUCUCUUCCGCAUUGGAAGCAGCUCUGGAGAAAUAAAGACUAAGAGACGAAUGAGUGACAAUGAUUUAAAAACUCACCCACUUCUCAUCACAGUGUCUGAUAAUGGAGAGCCAUCACUCUCAGCGACUAUGUCCAUGGAUGUUGUAGUUGUUGAGAGUCUGGAUGACAUAAAGACAUCAUUCAGAGAAGUUCCUGUUAAAGAGGAGAGUUUUUCAGAUCUGAAUCUUUUUCUGCUCAUCGCUAUUAUCUCAGUAACAAUAAUUUUUUUACUAAGUCUUGUGGGUUUGAUAGCAGUUAAAUGCUACAGGACAGACGGCAGUUUCAGCAGGUACAGCGCUCCAGUGAUCAGCACACAUCCAGACGGAAGCUGGUCCUACUCCAAAUCGACACAACAAUAUGACGUUUGUUUUAGUUCGGACACAAUGAAGAGUGACAUGGUGGUUUUCCCUUCGACAUUUUCGCCUGCAGAGGCUGAACUUAUCAGCAUUCACGGAGAAGAUACUUUUACACGAACCCAAACUCUUCCUACCACUGGGAAGCCCAAAGGACCAAAUGCUGACUGGCGGUACUCUGCAUCGUUGAGGGCAGGAGUGCAGAGUUCUGUGCAUAUGGAGGAGGCAUCAGCUGUGAUGCAGGGAGCGCAAGGCAUGCUGGUCCAGAACUGGCCCACAGUCUCCAGUGCAGCAGAUGGGGAGGGAGAGGGACAGCUGUCCCCUCCUGUUGGAGCUGGAGUCAACAGUAACAGCUGGAGCUUCCGCUACGGUGCAGGCCCUGGGUACGGUCCUCCACAAGUCCUGAAGCCGGGAGAGAUCCCCCCUGAAGCCUUCAUUAUUCCCGGCUCUCCUGCCAUCAUCUCCAUUCGGCAGGACCCAGGUGCCGUUGAUGAUAAGGGCGAGUUCAUCACCUUCGGAAAGAAAGAGGAGUCUAAGAAGAAGAAAAAGAAGAAGAAGGAAAAGAAGGACAAGAAGGAUAAAGGAAAAGAUGAUGGCGAGGAGUAACAAAGAACGUCCCACUACAGUAUUACAGCUAUCAGCUUAUGUUUGUAGCAAAUGCUGACAGAAAGAGAAAACCAAAAAUACUGAAAAUGUAAAGAGAGAAGUUCCUUCUACAUACAUUAUUUACCAACUCCAGUUAAAUAAAGAAGAUCAAUUACAAAUUAACCCUGUGAACCAGUGACUCUGAUUGGCUAUUUUUCUAGUUCUAGCUGAAAUUAAUCAGCGAUGUCCAAGAAAGAACUCUAGUCUGCAAAAUGCAAACCAAGCCGAGUCACACCUUGUAAAUUACAUUUUCAACCACAAUGAGGGAAGUACCUCUCCUCUUUUAAAAGGAUCAAAUUAAUCCAGUUAAACUGGAUAUGAACUCAUGCCAUAACAAGAGUUUUCUCUAACUCCAUCCCUGCCUUCCUCCCUCAACGUCACAAGGGGAAGAAACAACCACCCCUGGCUCUGUCUCACUCCUUGAUCUGCUGGAAACAGAACUUUGUAAAAGAAAAAAAGACCACUUUAUCAGAAAGACCAGUAUCUGAUUUCUAGAGCAGAUAAAUGCCCACAGAGCUGGGAAUGUAGCAGCGAAAUCACUUGCUUUGCACUCACAAAAACGUCCUAGAACAGGCCACAGAGAGCUCUAACGCUUCUGUCCUGCUCCCAAAGUAUUGCUGACAUCUCAAAAUGAUGCUUUACUUAGUAUAUUUUCUAAGAGCAAGUAAAUCUAAUCUUAUGCACACAAAUGAUUUGUAUAAAUACAAAUCACAAAUUGAUGUGCAUUUGUGCUCUCUAAUGCAUAACACACUAUCAACAGGCUGUCCACAUGCUGUCCACCUAAAAUCACCACAGGACUGAAGCAUUACAGCCUCUCAAUAGUCUGUAAAAUAGUAUAAUGAAUGCUUGUGGCUUCAUUUCAAAACACACCCACUUCCUUUGCUGCUGUUUUGAAUGUUUGAUAGAUGUCAUCCCACUUCCUGACAGCUUUAUGUCUUAGUCCAGCUACAUGCCCUUAGCUAUUGCUUGUAACUUUUGCAUUUCCAAUGUUGCCAACCUCCCUUUAUCUGAUGUGCAUUGCUGGCCUCAUGUCAGUACUGCCCCCUGGUGGCUCGUAUUGUACAAUGUGACGAAAGAGCAGAAGAUCAAGUUAAUAUUAUUCACUUCUUCUGCUGGAAAUCAUAAGCACAGGUACUGGCCCGUACAUGCAUACACACACACUCAAGACACACCAGUGAUAUGCUCUCACAGCAGUUGAACCACCAUGGACUAUGCAGCCAUGAUUAUGGGCAUGUUUAACUAACUACAGCAUAUGGUGCUUUCUAGGGCAAAAAUAGAAGUUGAGUGGAGAUUAGACUGAGAAGACCACAGUGGUGGGCAGUACAGAGUUUUUCUACUGUAUAUAUCAAUAAUGAGAUAUAGCUUCAUGACAGUUCCAUAGUUGUUGAUUAAAAUUGUGUAAAUAAUGGGAAUGUUUUCUUAACAUUCAGACAUCAUGCUUAAAUUUUCUGUUUUUAAGAGGGAGCACAUCUCUCCUUUCUUUCCCUUCUAAGUCUGUAGAGAUACUGUUCAGUAAAGGAGAGAUGUUCGUGCUGCUAUGAGACACACACAAAACAUAAUCACAAAAAGAUAAUCACAAAAUACACACACACGCAGACACAAACACUCACUCUCUCUCACUUGAGUUUCUUUCAGGUGUGGUUCAGUGCUGUCAGAUCACCAAGUGACUGUAUUGCAUGUUAAACGCAAUUAAAACAGAAAUUAUAUAUAGAUAUAAAAGAACAGAUAUGUUUUUCAUAAUUAUAAUUUUUUUCUCAUUUAUGAUCAAACUGGAGAUGUGUAUCAUCUCUGCUGAAGUAUGUAGACAUUAAUCAAAUUAUUCAUACACAAACAUAUACUGAUUACAUACAUGCAUAGAGCAUAAAAAGAAGACACUGAAAAGAUGUCGGCUCUGUGGUGAUCAAUAUUAACAUUUUAGCUAUAUGUAAUGCUGUAGUGUUUUGAUCUAAAUUGCUUUUCUUUUUUUUUUUUUUACAACCUUAUGAUUUUUGCAACUUGAAAGGAUCAAUCCUUCGUUUUGUGCUAGGCUUUGAAAUCAAUGACACUGUAAUGUGAGCCAGUUCAUACUUCCCUAUGAUAUAAACCUCUCCCUUCAAAAAAAAAAAAAAAAAAAAAUAUAUAAUGAUAAUAAAAAAAAAGAAAAAGAAAAAAAAAAACUAAAAAAUGAUAAAACAGGAAAUAAAAAGGUCUAUGUAUUCUGCUUGUGUGUAGUAAUUCUAUAUCAAUUCAUACAGUGCCUAAGUGGCACUAUGCUUUUGACUUUGACAGUGCAAAUCUGUUGGAUGAUUUGUUUUUGUUUGUUUUUUUUGUUUUUUUUGUACACCUGCUCAUCAGUGUAAUGGUGUUUAUUAUUUUAUAUUACUUCAUGAAAUCUGGUAAUGUGUUUUGUUUAUAAAUCACAAAUAAAGUUUUCUUUCAUAAGUA